CGACUGUGCGCCGUUGAGGAAGCAUUGCCCACCAUUACCAACAAACAGUAACCUACCGCUAACUAAUCGCGCAACACAAAGGUUUCGUUUUGGCAGCAUCACCGAUUCGACUAAGCUGGGUCGGAACAAGCGAAAUGUUCUUCUUUUAGUGAGCGAAAGUAGUCAGACAGAGACUGUUUGCCCGGCCUGAUUUGCAGGAUACAGCAGACGCGAAUGCCCAGCCGAGCUCAUGGCAAGCGAAUUGAUAACAAGAGGCAGUGGCACAUUGAGCGACGGUGCUUCGAAUAAAUCACUAGUGAGUCAACAUCUAAUGUCGGCAAGAUACUCAAAUAAGGAAGUAAGUAAAACAGCAAGCGACUAAAGCAAGUAAAACUGAAUUUAUACGUUCGGUAUAGACGCGAAUAGAGUAAGCUUAAAGUUCUUGUCCGAUUCAACUCGCACCUUCAGACAGUCGUCGGAAAAAACAGCAUCGUCGGUGUGGGUAAGAGUGUUCUCUUUUUGGGUCUGUUACGCUCAAAGCGGGACGUGCCUGCCAGCGAGCUCUUUCAUCUUAACUACUACUACAACUCUCGUUGUUUUUGUUAAAGUGGUCACGUUUAAAUAGUUCAUGUGAUUGUAUGUAUGUGUAUAUAUAUAUGAACAUAUAUAUAUAUAUGUAUAUAUGUAAGUGUAUUAGCGGUAAGCCAGGCGGGCCCAGACAGCGCGAAUAACGACGAAAAAAGGUAGCGAGAAAUCAUUGAGGAUUAUACCGCCCCAGAAGGGAAAUCGUAUGGGCCUACUCUUUUGGAUAUCAGACGAAUGCUUUUCAGAGAUAAGACUUUUGUGAUGUAUACGCGAUUGUGAAAUGGGCCAGUGCCAAAUGGCAAACAAGACUAGUGGAUGAUCAGUGUUCGACUGUUGCUAUAUGUUUGUUCAAAGAGGAACGCUAAGGAAAAGUAGAAAAAAAGUGGCUCAAAGUUCCUUUUUUGUUCCCAUCGUGGAUAUAUCUUUGAUUCGAAUAACGUUACGUGCUUGUUGUGCAUCAACAAGUGUUGCGUUGCUAUUGCGGUUAUUUGUCGAUACUGUAAGGAGAAAAAACAAUAGUGGAACCUAUGCAAACCUUGUCGAGAGAUAUGAGUGUCUGUGUAUUUGUGAGCGGCAAGGUGAAACAUUUUGCUGAAUAAUACCCGGUUCGAGACGAGGCAUCAUACGCCCGAAGAUUAUUUAGAUAUUGCAUUACCGUGGAGUUACGAAGCGUGAUUUACUGCUCGCUGAUUCACAAGGCAGACCAAACAUUCUGAACAAGAAAUUCCGACGUGAUAAUAAAAGUUGUAAAACUACCAGCUCGAUGUUCAGCGACGACCGUAUCAAAAGCAAAAUCAACAAAUUGCUCCCUAACUCAUAUGAAUAAUGCCAGAAUAUAUUUUUAUACUAUUUUCAGUUAUGGACGCCAUCAAGGCGAUGGUUACAGCCUCUCUACAUAUGAAACCGGAACUUCUAUGGUAUAGGUUCAUUUAACAGUAAACGAUGGCUUUCACUCUUUGUUUACAUCUAUGUAUCGUUGAACGCUUAUGAACUUUUACUGUUCUCAACAGCAUCCAUUAUCUAUUUGUUAUUGAGAGACAUUUGUUACCCAUGUACCCGUCUUUAAGAGUAAUACCUACGAGCGACCUCAGCUAAACAACAAGCACUUGAAAGUAUUAUCAACCUACAACGACCAUAGCGAUUCGAAUUCACAAGUGACUCGGCUGCAACGAGCGUUACACUGCUUCAAAUGUCGAUUAGGCAGGCACAACAUACGGCAUAGCGCAGGCGACCCAAUCAUCAAUGUUUGUAGAUUGAUUGGAGUCCAUUUGCCUCCUGUUCUAUUCGAGAAUGUAGUUGAUGUUAGACUAGUUGUGGACUCUGGCAGACCCGAGUGUGAUCGAAAAUGCAAGUCUUGCCUUUGCCGUGACAUCGGAGCAUAUCUAAGCGCAUCGAAAAUUGCAGGACCUUGGAAGGGCGCUCCGACUGCGGCAAGUCAUAAGGCAGAAUUUGAUCAGUGAAGCGCACGCAGCGAAGGACGCACUAGCGAGAGGCCAAAUUAAUGUUCACUGGUAGCAUCAGGAGCGGAGGCAAUCCUGAUGUUAAUUUCUAUGGUGAUGGUUCCAAAGGGUCCGCACGAUACGAGUGCAUGAUUUUGCCAACGAAGGAAAAUGCCUAUGAAAUUUAAGUAGAGCUGUCAGAUAUAGGAACUGAUUUGGGCCUUUUGCUCCCGCGAAAAGCAUAUUGUCGAAUACUUUGUAAGAUCUUUCCUUAAAAUCUUUCACCCUCCGAUUUUCGAACCGUUGGCUCGAAAUAUCUCAGUGGUAUUAUCAUUGAACGCGUGCGUCCUUCGCCUGAGUCCUGAUAGAUCAAGGCCUGUGGAAACAUCAAAAAGAUAGGUCUUGAGGCUGUGUCGACCAAAUAUUGGUUCUGGGCAGCGACAGAACCCUGGCACACGAUUCAGGCCGCGUCGCCACACUCCCACAUAACCGAACAUAUCGUUUGCUCAUGAGCCAGGGACGUCUUAGAGACCGGAGGAUAUGAGGCCUCAGGACGGCUCAGUGAAAAUAUCUUCUUGCGCUAGCACUCGUGUAGGUUGUGGAACAUAAACUAUGUGAUUUGGCCUUCGGCGACCGUCCAUAAAUCAUUGGAAGAUGACAUUCUUGUGAACAACGGUGACGACAGCAACGUUAAUAGUGCACUUCACUACACUGCCGGUAACACACGGCAGGCAAAGGCCGCUAAAAAAGAAACUCCAAAGGUUAGAAGCUCAUGAAACAGUUAGAAAACAGAGAAUAACGCUGCAAUUAGAGAAAGGGCUAUCGGAGGUCCACACACAGAAAUAGAAGAGAAUAAGAGGGGACCAGGAAAGAAAAGGUAUCGGGAAUUGACACGCGUGUUCCAGCCCGAAGGCCACGACGAAUUACUGCCACCUCGAGCCGAUUGGUGGAGGACUGGUAGAGAACAACGUGCCGUUGCACCGGAACGGCACACGCAAACAUUUCUUUGCUAAUUUGUGGUCAAACGUACGCAAGGUAGAGCAGUCGCCUCCUUGAAAGAGAAGAGUCUUGCGCGAAUCUUGGUUCGCAUUUUUUAUUCGGCCACGACAGCACCGGAAGUUCGAAAGUACACGGCCGGUUUGCCAACCGGCAGCAAGUUCCCCCGUAAAGAAUUCCUUACGCCGACACUGAUGAGGACGAGGAUUCAGUCAAAGAGGUAACUCUGUAACUUACCACCUUUGUAGAGUGGCUACGAAGCCAACUUCCUUUUGCCCAGCACACAGCCUGGACACACACCCGUCUAUUUCAGCUCACCGCACCGCCAUCCCCUGCAAUCAACUAAGGAGUGAAUGGACAGUCAGCAGCUGUUUAGAAUUUUGUCUUUGCCGUAGCAGUAGUGGCGUUAAUGAAAUAUCACCUAAUCGAAAUAUCGCAGGGCAGGAGCCAUAGCAGCAUCCGGCAGCAAUAAACGCCAGCCUGAGCGGCACCCCAGCCGGCAGCGGACGUUCGUGGAAGCCAUCAUCCUGCCGACCUUUCCUUUUUCUCGCAUACGGGCAACUUAGCCAGUGAUGGUUCGAUGAAAAGCCUGAUAUUAAAGCAAAGGAAGAUCUAAACAAGUAAAACCUACAGAGUUUAGAUGAAAAAGGUAGCACUAAUCUGUUUGACUCGAGUUGGUCAACGCUACGGUCCAGUUCAGGACUGAAGCAUUAAGUAAGAGACGAAGCAAAGGCCACGCCUAAGAAGAACGUGAAGGAAAAAGUUCAACGACAGUUGAUAGUGUUCCAAUUCCUGCUUCGAGUCGAAUGCAGCUAGGGCGAAGCAAGCAUGGGUAACGUAGAGUUAGCCAGACGAACGAAGAAGAGGAACCAAUGCCCCUAAGCCUGCCACGAUAAGCCGAACGCUGUGUCGGGGCAAAGCUUCGAUGAUAUUUCCAUGCAAAUUCUACUAGCUUCUCUAAACUCUUCCCCGCGUUUUCUACCGCAACUAAAUACCAUUCAAAAUUGCACAUUUAGUGCAAGCUAAGCAGAAGUAGCAACUAAGCAAGGUACGAAGUUUUACCGGGGGAGGAGACGGUCGUCGAACCUCAACCACCGGGUGCCCUUUUCACAGGGCACAAACGCUGACAAACCCAGCAAACCUGACGCCGGACACCAGCAUCGAGGCCAUUUCUUUUGCUCAUAGCUUACAGCACAUAGCACCGUCGAUAACCCCGUUUUGCUUCCCCUGAACUUCCUUCUAUCCACGAACAAAAACCGUGCGUGGGCUGCAUUAACGGUUCGUCUCCUGCUUGCGACUCACCUCAUCGUCGUGGUUGCACCGAGGGCCGAUCAAAGACCCCUAGCAGAAGCCGACAGACCACGAGAGGGGCACAAGAAGAAGCAAGAGUCUUUCGAUUCUCUUGCCGUAAUACACCGAUCAGGGCGUUGGCGUCGAUGGCGUAACUGCAAGCGGCGGCAACGACCGCGGUAGAUGGCAAGGAACAAAAAAGGGAUUUUCGCUUUUUUCACCCCGCUUACUUCUAUUACUUCGGUAGGCGAAGAGGGCUGAAGACAAGCAGCUCGAAGCCCAGUCCGUUGAAACUGGAAUGAGUUCGACGUCUCAACGAAUGCUUCGCAAGAGAGGAUCAGCAUUAAGCAUCUUUUUUUCCGCAAACCUGUCGAUGGUACGGCUCUGUCCACGAUACGUUAGUUUCCGGCUAACAUUAAUCAAAAAGUUAUAAAUAUUACAGCAGUCUUUUGUCAGCCCUCGCACUAACAAAAACAUUUCAAACUCACCUGAACUCACAUGAAAUGCGAGGUAAAGAAGACCAACCUAAAACAGCACGUGGCCAAUGAAACUCCUGUCUAGAGCAAAAUCACGUUCCUGUUCGUUAUUGCGUCGUUGCCUUAUUCGCAAUUAGAGAAAAUGGCAAAACAUGAUAGCCAGAGUACUGUGUGAAGUGUAGGUAAGCCUUUUUUAGUUUUCUACACUUUGGUCGGUAUUUUGGUGUACACAAUUACCGUAGAACGGGCUCACGCACACAAGCACACGUAUUCCCCGUGUGCUAUAGGUAACCGCAAGUGGGUAAGAAGCUGCUCUCGCUUUGUAUACUGAAAGCCGGUAAGUAAACAAACCUUCGGUUUGCGAGCACAUAUGAAUGUAGUGCUUGCGAGAGCCUGGUCCAGUGUGGGGGUCUUUUCUCGUGCGGACGACGCUUUACAUAAAGCUCCUCGUUUCGCUCCUAUUUUCAACCGACUCUUUUAACAUAUUUUCGUCUAUAUGCUCGCUAGACAAACGGGGCAAUCAAACAACUUAUUCAGGUUCAGUAUCAACGGUAAGAACCUCCGUUACUUCAGUCGACGAUAGUGGUCCGAAAUGACAGUGAAUUUUCAUCUGUAGUAGGACGGGAAACUAUAGAGCAAAAGAAGGAUUGAACAGAGGAACUACCUAAGGCAGCUACUUGAGAAUACAGGCACGACCAAGAAAACUGAGGUCCGCAGAGGGCGUGAAAAAAAUUAGUCCAGACAGCGAUGUUGUGGAUGAGGGUUUCUGGAGGAGCCUUUAAAGAAAUCAGAAUGAGUUGCUAAUGAUCGUAUAGUCAUCGUCAGGGUAAAAAGCGGCAGGGCGGCCAGAAACGAAAGAUAAACCCGUUGCUGUCAUCGUUGUCAGUGUCCUGCAUACCGAACUGCACCAGAUGAACGAGAAAAGCUCCCUAUACAGACACUAACCGUAAGGGAGGCAUCAAACGACGGGAACGAAUAUCACUCUUAACGAACACAUGUAUUUUGUCUUAUCCUGGUAGCCAAUGCAUCUUUGCUGAUACUGAUCUAAGUUACUAUCAAAAGUGAACUAAUUAAAGAAAGGAAAACGGGUGCAACAUAACGGGUUUCGCCACUGUGAGUACCGCGGGUUCAGCAGUUAGGCAACUAGCGAACACUUGAAUGGCUCGUCCGACGAGACCGACAAUAGAAAGAAUUUAAAAAAAGAACGGAAGCAGACAAACGAAAAAUAACUGGUAAGCGGCAAGCUCCAGGUGGACUGCCUGAUUUCAGCGUACUACUGUGAAGUAAAGAACAGUGCGCAGCAAGGUACCUCGACCAGCUGUUUGAAAACGUGGUUUCAAGACACACAAUAGCAUGGCGAAACAAGCCAGCUUACGAGUUGUGACAGGUUCCGGUGUUCAAUUCACAGCGAUGGAAAUGUGGGGAGUCGGUUUUUAAGCAGCAUCAAAUAUAGCCACGCUAAAGGGGGCCAAUGAAUAUCAAACAGGCUAGCAUCGCCAGGAUUUUGAACCUGCAGACCGGCGAGCCCGUUCGCUAAGGCUUGUCGUUCAUCGCGAUCCACUUUACCGUUAAGGACGCCGUAAGAUCGGCCCUCAUUAUCAUUUGUUGGGUGCGUGCACCGCACGUCACGACGUCCCGCUAUCUCAUAGAAACCACAAGAGCUACCGCUCAGCACCAUGGCCUUGGCGACACGAAAACCAUCGAGCCGGCGCACUCGAGCGCCGUCGCGACCCCGCCGACCAAAAGAUCCGUCACUGGCAGGAUGCUGCAAGCGAUUUACAGCGUUCAUGUUCUCCCAUAUAGGACUGUGCGCACUAGUUGUGGCUUAUGCCAUCUUUGGCGCGUUCGUAUUCCGCCACCUUGAGGCACAUCACGAGGAUCAAAAAGCGCAAGAAGUCCAGGAUCUGCGUGAUACAACGAUUGAUCACCUUUGGAGCAUAACGAUGGAACUCAAUGUCCUCUUUAAGGAUAACUGGACAGUGGCAGUUAAUCAAGUGAUGCGAAAUUUCUCGGCUGAACUGGUGCGUCACGUGAAGGAAGGCUACGAUGGUAAAGAAGCAGGAAAAGAGGGCACCCAGUGGUCAUUAGGCAGCGCCUUCCUCUAUUCACUGACAGUCAUCACUACAAUAGGAUACGGGAAUAUUAGCCCGAAAACAGCAGAGGGUCGAGUAGCAACGAUUGUUUAUGCGUUGGUUGGCAUACCUUUAAUGCUUCUCUACCUCACAAAUAUCGGCGACCUACUUGCCAAAGCGUUUAAAUACUCAUAUGUAAGAUUAUGCGUGUGUCGGGGUCCUAAGCGAGGAGAGCCGAAGGGACUUAGAGCAUCUCGGGGCCAUUUCAACUCAUACCCGCCGGGAAACCUUUCUCUGGGACAUACUACACCAAACCCCAUGCUCAAACCUCCGUCGCUCAAAUUGGAUCUGCACGAUUUGUCUGUGCCGUCCGCAUACAGCUACCCUGUCGCCGCUGGCACGGGAUAUCCCCAGCAUCACAGUGGAAGCAGCGACUACUACAGGUCCGUGGACCGUGUGUCAGUUCCAAUCAGCCUAUGCAUGGCCAUUAUCACUUUGUACAUAUGCGCUGGUGCGUUUUUGUUUUCAUUCUGGGAGAAAGAGUGGGACUAUCUGGAGGGAUCAUACUUUUGCUUCGUGACAUUGUCGACGAUAGGCUUCGGCGACCUCGUACCUGGUCAAAACAUCGAGGGGUCCGAGCAGAAGCUUGCUAUUUGUUCGAUUUAUCUACUUGCCGGACUAGCGUUGAUUGCUAUGUGCUUCAACUUGGUACAAGAACAGGUCGUAUAUAAGUUACGCAAGAUGGGCAAGCAUCUGGGCGUGAUCUCCGAUUCCGAGUUGGAUAGUAGCGACCCUGAAUGACCCCACGAUUUGGACCCUCUCGGCC